CGGUACAUCGUUCAAGCUCCCUCGGAUCAACAAAGCACACACGGCGCUGAAACGUGCAACCACGCGUACAUCGCAACACGCAGACCACUCGCCACACGUGUACACACACUCACACGCACUCGGGCAAAGUGAGACAGCGCUUUGAAGUUUUUUUCCCAAGCAGACAUGAAGGUCCAGGUUCUGUGCGCGGUGCUCACGCUCGCCGUGGUGGCGACUGCUCAAGAAGCCAAGAAAGUCCAAGUGACGAAGACGCUGAGCAGCGGCUGGGGCGACUCCAUCAACUGGGUGCAGACGUACGAGGAAGGGCUCAAGAAGUCCAUGACGGACAGGAAGCCCCUCAUGGUCAUCUUCUGGCUGGAGGAGUGUCCCUACUCCACAGCUCUGAGAGCCACAUUCGCUCAGGACAAAGACCUCCAGCAGCUGGCGCAGAACGACUUUGUCAUGCUGAACCUGCAGACUGAGACAACAGACAAGAACAUGGCUCCAGACGGCUACUACUACCCCAGGAUCAUGUUUGUUGACCCGGGCCGCAAGGUGCGAGCGGACGUGACGGGGCGCUACUCCAACCACCUGUACGCGUACCAGGCCGGGGACGAGACCGUGCUGCUCGACUCAAUGAAGCGCGUGCUGAAGCUCGCCAAGGACGAGCUGUGAGCCGCAGGCCCGCGAGCGAGAACACCCGAACCCCUCUCUCCUGCGGCGUCACACGCGGCGUGGCGCACUCACGCACGCGCACACACGUACACACACACAUGCACACACGCGCACGCGCACACACACAUGCGCACACACAUGCACACACGCGCACGCCAGAGACCUACACACACACACUUUUAUACAGCCUGGCUUGGGCAGCUGGCGUUGAGUGAUAUUCGCGAGCACGAGACCCCCCACAGGAGAGCGCGUGGGGAGACGCGCCACGAGCUCCACCAACCUCGUGGUGCCACGUGACACCUACACCAGGUGUCACGUGGCACCUGCACCAGGUGCCCGGCGGCAGAUUGUGAAUCAACAGCGAGGGAGUGAAUGGGCGAGCGUGCGCAGUGCAACUGCCCACCCACCGCCUCUUGCGGAUCACACGCGCGCACACGAAAACCAACACACUCAACGCGUUUGUCACUAGCAUCGUGGCCCUUAUAAUGGAGGUAUAUUAUAGGUGACGUUUCGGGCGAUGGCCCUUCUUCGGUGCCCGUGUUGGGUUUUUGUUGUUGUUCUGCGAUUUGUGCUUUUGCACCGCUGCCAAUGCGGAGGGCGUUACCAGAUGAUCAGCUUCAUCACGUGGGUCACGAUCAGCGUCGGGUUCAGAUGUGGUGGAACUAACGACUCGCCGCUGUCUAAGACCCGAUGGGUCAGUGCCACGUGGCAAUGACAGCGCUGGUAGCCACUGUGUCGUCACACAAAGAUUGCGAAAGCCCCAAUUUACAUAUUGGACAAAUUGAGUAGACAGCACUUGCGUGUGGACAAUGCGAUGAUGGCCGUGCCGUCCUGUACAGCAUUGCCCACCCCCCUACAUCUCCCCCGACCUUCCGACUCAUACAGCCGUCCUGUAUCUGCUCACCUACCAACUCACCCACCUACCUCUUCCCCACCUGCCCAUCAACAUACCCACCUGCCAAGUUUGUAUAUUAUACACUCCUACAUAUAUACGUAAUGUACAUAUGAACAAUUAUACCAACACACAUAUCUACACACAUGCAUCCCAUACUAACAUACAGUACAUACAAGAAUUAUACAUGCACAAUUAUUUUCUACGUCACCUUUUUGGGCCAUGAAUUAAAUACCUUUCGCCAGUAUUAAAAUGUGGCAUCGACAUAAAUUAUAAUAAAAUCGCACAUAACGCGUGUACGUUUCGGAGCUGGGUGUGCGAUGGAGAGAGGCAGGGAAGGAGUUGGUGAGUGGGGAGACAGAUUGCGUGGCUCUGGGAGAUUUCAAAUUCAUUCUGACACCUCGCCUCUCCAACCCCGUCUCAUCCAUCGCGACCACCGCAGCCUUCUUCCGUCUCGAGCUCAGAGAGCACCCCCAUUCAGCCCGCUUCUUUGCGCAAUGACAGUCGCUUACAUCAUCGAUGGUAACGAGACCUGACGGUGCUUUGGAUAAGCACAUCAAGCUGACACUGACUUUAACAUCUCCCACUUCUCGCUCGUGUUGUCGUUCUGUUGGCGCAGAUCUCAUUCGCCGCAUCUGGGCACGCAAUCUGUGUUGUCGUUUGAAUAAUAAAUUGUGCUGAGCUGCCUGA